UUGGCUAUAGUGGCCUUUAUUUGAAAGUAGUUUGAGUGGAAAGAGGGUUAUGAGGGAGGGGGAAGACAUGUGGUCUGGACUUAAAUAUUAGGAAAUGACAAGGUGGUUUUCCAGCCUCUUCGACUUGGGAACUCAUUACCAAAGACCAAUCAUCAAAAUACCAGUGGAAAAUCUGAUCAGCAACCGUAAGAGCAGUUAUUGCUGUAAUGGCCAGGACGCGCUUUCCACUCAUUAUAAGGGCGCUGAUGGGGAACUCUUAUGCAGGCCAGCUGCGGUCCGCACGCUUCGAGGAGGUCCUCCACAACUCCAUCGAGGCAUCCCUGAGGUCAAACACUGUGGUGCCUCGGCCCGUCUUCUCACAGCUGUAUCUUGAGACGGAGCAGCUGUUUAUGCAGGAUGGUGGGUUGAAGAAAUAUGCAGGUCGAACAUUCAAUGAUGACGAAGAGGAUGAAGAUGGCUCUGAGUCCAACAGCCCACCGAUACCCUAUCAGAUGAAACCUCCACCUGACGGAUGCUGCACCACAGAUGGCUUCUGUCAGGCUGGCAAAGAUCUGCGUUUGUCCUCGCUUGCGUCAGAGAACUUGGAUGUUCCUCCUGGGUUCAUGCCAGUUGGGGUAAAAUCCCCCUCCCUCCCCGACAACCUGCUGGUUUGCGCUGUGGACCGACGCUUCCUGCCAGAUGAACGGGGUCGAAACGCCCUGCUUGGUUUCUCGGGAAACUGCUUGGGUUGUGGAGAGAAAGGUUUCCGUUACUUCACAGAGUUUUCCAACCACAUUAACCUGAAGCUCAGCACCCAGCCCAAGAAACAGAAGCACUUGAAGUAUCAUCUCUACCGCAACAACCAGGGCAUGCUGGUCAAGGGUGCUCCCAUUUGCUGGAGGGGAAAUGAUGUCAGGAUAAGACAGAUCAGAGCCAGUCUCUCAGAGGGCCACCUGACAUUAGACGAACGGCCAUCGAACCCAGCUUUGGCUAACCCGGCUUUGGCUAACUCGGCUUUGGCUCACCCAUCACACACAGCAGGCAGCGCCACAGGAUCACACGCGGAGCCUCAGACAGCUGAUGCUCCCACCACGCUGAUAAAUGGAAACCACACAGCAGCUUCUUCUAUUGCCCAGCCACCUUUAAGUCAGUCGGGACCUGGGAGACCAUCAGUUACUGGUCCACCUACAAAUGCUGGUCCCCCCAAAAAGAGACACAAAGGCUGGUCACCUGAUUCAUCUGCCAAUACUUUGACAGAGUGUGCUGGGAAGUCUGCACAAUCGUCAUUAAGUUUAUCAACAUUAUCAGUGACUUCUGUCAUCACCAAUGGAGCAAGAUCAGAGACUACAGCCGUACAGAGUUCAUCACGAGGAUCAGCAAGUCAACUUUCGCCCCCUGAAGUGUCUGUAACAGUGCCUGAUCAGCUGCUUCACACCUGUAGGCUGCAGCCUGUCAUAUUUAAAGGUCAUGGCCCUCUUCCUCAGCUCACGGGCAACACAAAUGACGUACUCAUCAGUUCUCUCCUACAGAGUUGUUACCUGAGCUCACAAACCCUCCCCAGGGUUUACCAACAUUACGGACCGUCACCUAUUCAACCUCUCUCUGCUGAGAUGCAGAUUCUGCUCACCGUUUACUACCUCGUUCAGCUAGGCACUGAGCAGGUACCCCUCAUUGAGGACUUGGAGCAGAUAUUCAUGAGGUCAUGGAGGGAAUCUCACCUCAGUGAGAUCAGACAGUUUCAGCAGUCACAAACACAAGGAACCCAAGGGAGACACUAUGGCAUAGAGGUACCCGCUAGCUUGCCCGGGCUCCCCCAGCAUCUCUCUUUACCUCCUCAAAGUCAGCAGCCCCUCACCCCCAGUCAGCUUCCCUGGCUCGCCCAGCUCGCUGCCUCGUCCUGUGGGGAGGGUGUGGUGGUGUUGGGGGAAGAUGUCAAAUCCUUGGCUCAGGGGCUUCUGCAAAUGUUCAGUAGGUUGGUGGAUGGACGGUUUGAAAACACAAACUAUGUCGUCAUCAUCGUCACUUCACCGGGACAAGAAACUCAGUCCUGUGUGGUAGUAACAGGUAAACAUCAGUGUCGUGCCUUGGCAGAGAGCAUGUUUUCUCCCAAUGAGGGACUGAAAGAAAUCAGCCACCAACUCCACACAGGGGCUGCCCAGGAACUUAUCCACUAUUGCAAUUCCCUCGGACAAGAUGGUAAUAUGGAUUUCCUUCUGGACAGUGCCAGUGUGGAGCACGAAGCAUCACCCCCAUCCAGUAGUCGGGCAUUAGCUGAAGAGAAGACUCCCAAAACCACAAAUAGCCCCAAAGACAGACCAAGUCCAAAAGAUUUACAAACAUCCAGUUUAAAAGACACGCCCAGCCCUAAGGAGACGGCUUCAAGCCCCAAAACCCCUUGUUUAGAAUACAGAGUAGAGUGGCGUGAGGUUCGUCCCAUACAGCUGGCGGUGGCUAGAAAGCUGCUGUCCCAUGUUUGUGCCAUCGCAGACUCCAGCACACAGAAUCUGGACCUCGGUUCCUUUAACAGGGUCAGCUUCCUCAUCCUUGUCCCGCCUUCUGAGGUCUCAUUUCAGCAGACUGUUCUACACCUCUGGAGUUCUGGUGUUCUUCAGGAGCUUGGAAGUUCAGAGCAGGAAUUUGCGUCUCAGAGAGAGGCAGAGCGCUAUGUGGUGAAGAUGGAUCAGAGCGCUCAGUCGCGAAUUGACAAGCUCCUCCAGGAAGCACAGAGCAACUCCUACACGCUCUACAUCUUGGUUCAUGACCAUGCCCACUGGGAUAUUAGCAGCACAUUUUACAGCAGCACAGACGGCAGUCUGGGUCUUGUGGAUCGGUUGUUAAACUCCCGGCAGGUGAAAGACGCCACAAACAUCUUGAUUCUGCACGUCACCUCAUUCCCCUUCGCUUUGCAAACACAGUGCACUCGCAUCAGCCCUUACAACGAGAUUCACUGGCCGUCUGCAUUCAGCAAUGAUGUGGACCUGUAUCAUGAGAGGACACGGUACUUUGGUGUGUCAGAGCUUUUGGAGUCGACCCGCUCAGGAAGCAGCCUCCCACUCAUGCGAUAUGAUUCCUCCUUUGAGAGCAUGACGUCAACCCUCGAAGAAAGAUUUCCCAAGCUCCACAGUGCUGUAAUACGGACUACAGUGUUAGUCCAACAAUACUGUGUUGCUCUGAUGGCUGCUUCCGGCAAGAUUAGCAGCUCUCACAAUCUCCACAAACACACCUCUGUGGAAACCAUGGAAAUUGUACAGUCUCUGCUCACCGCUGUUCAGCAGUGUCCCACCCGUCAUGGUCACAUGGUCCUGCUGCGGAUCCCCUCUCUGGCUCUGGCAGCUUGGGCCCACCGACGGCUGUCCAGAGUGAGGAGGCAGCUGGGUAUGGAGGACAGUUUUGAAAUCAUUCUGGGGAAUCCUAGCCAAGCUUUGACGAUUGGACAGACUUUCACUGACCAGAUCAAGAUUUGGUUAAAGAUCCAGGAUGCUGAAUGGGUUCCUCAUACCUACUUGGAGCUGGAGGCUCUGCCCUGCAUCCUGAUCUUGUCAGGAACCGAACCGCUUGGAGAGUCGUUGCCGAGGUCGUUGAAGUAUUGCGACCUCCGAGUGAUAAGCUGCUCAUACCUUCAGCGGACCACUCUGGAACAGGAGCUGGGACUAGCUGCUUACCUGGUGAAGGCAGAGUCACGGCCGCCACACGACCCUGGACCAGGAAGUGACUUGAUCGAAAGCGAUCCCGAGAAGCUCAGCAGCACUGACAAUGAAGAAGAGGAAGCACAGGAGAACGGAGACUCUCCUUCACAAUCCUCACAGUCUGUCCAGCCAUGCCCUGAUAGUAAAACUGUAGAUCCCCUCCCAUCUCGAAUUACCACCUCUCCAAAUGUUCCAAAAGAAACUCUGGACAACGUACAGUCUCCCUCAAAAGCUCAGGUUCAGCUUCAGCCCCAAACCUCCUCUCAGUCAUAUUUUCAAACUACCCCUAACUUCCAAAGCCAACCCCAAGUUCAGGGUUAUCCCCAUGUCCAGCUGAUCUCCCAGCAGCAGACGCAGCUCCAAGGUCAAAGCCAGCCAGUAUCUCAAACAAAUAUCCAGUCCUACAAUCAAACAGCCACCCAACAGCAGCCUGCUUCUCAACCUCAAAAUCCCUCCAAAUCUGCAUCCUCGGACUCCUCAUCUCCACGGGCCUCCUCUCCUAAUCUGAGCUGCUCCUGGGCGAGAGGACUGAGUCGUCCACCAUCUGUGCUCCUCCCCCGUGCUCUCUAUGACAUUAUCACAGCCAGUGACAGCAGUGGCCUUCCACGGUGCACUUCAUUCUUGCCACACAUAUCUGUUGCUUGGGCAAGCAGUUUUAGACCUCUGCUUAGCAAAAUGAUGACAUGCACAGAGCAGUCGCUCUAUUAUCGUCAGUGGACAGUCCCUCGGUCCUACCACAUGGACAACAGCAACCGCACUGAAGGACGAACCGACAAUUUUCACCCACGUAGACUGUUGCUUAGUGGUCCCCCACAGGUGGGGAAAACGGGGGCAUAUCUUCAUUUUCUGGGCCUCCUGUCUCGCAUGCUGAUCCGGCUAAUGGAGGUGGACAUCUAUGAUGACGAGGACAUCCACUGCACAGCUGAGGCAGAAGGUGUGCAGUACCACCCACCCAAUGCUCCAUGGCCAAACACAGAAGUUAUAAAGACAAUGCCCUUCGACUACACCGUCCAUGACCCAAAGUAUGAUGACAUCAGCAUUGUAUACUGUCCUGGAUUUAAACCACGAGCCGAUGGAAACCCUGUCCGCCAGGAGGACGUGUACCUGCGCAGACGGACGUCUCGGAUAAAGCUGUCCAAGUAUGCAGCGUACAACACCUAUCAUCACUGUGAGCAGUGUCAUCAGUACCUUGGCUUUAACCCCAGAUACCAGAUGUAUGAGUCAACGCUGCAUGCCUUCACAUUCACCCAUCUUCUGCUCGGAGAAGACAUCCAGCUCUAUUUUAUCAUCCCAAAGUCUAAGGAACACUACUUCAGUUUCAGCCAGCCAGGAGGUCAGCUGGAGAGCAUGCGGCUGCCUCUCACUUCUGACUGGAGCCCAGACUGCAUCAAGAGUCCAAUCUUCACCCCAACCACCGGUCGCCACGAGCACGGUCUGUUCAACCUGUACCAUGCGAUGGACGGAGCCUCACAUCUACACAUCCUUGUAGUUAAAGAGUAUGAGAUGGCUGUCUACAAGAAGUACUGGCCCAACCACAUCAUGCUGGUGCUGCCCACUGUCUUCAAUGGAGCGGGUAUCGGUGCUGCUCACUUUCUGAUAAAGGAGCUUUCUUAUCACAACUUGGAGUUGGAGCGCAGUCGGCGGGUGGAAGGAGGUAGCCCGUCGGUUGAUGUCUGGCCCUUCAUCAUCCUAGCUGAUGACUCCUGUGUUAUGUGGAACGCAGUGGACAACGAUAAACUGAGUUGUCCCGCUGAACGUGCCGUGUCACUAAAACAAGUCUUGCAGCACAUGGAGGCCUGUCCAGACCUUGCCCAGUACGGCCUGUGUGGAAUAAGGAAGUGGAACAGCCGAGGAGUAACGGGUGUCAAACAGUGGGAGCCGUUCUCCAGAGGUCACGUUCAUGACUUCCUCCUUCUCAAUGUCGACCGGAGCCAGAAUGUCCAAUACGACCAGAACCGCUUCACCUGUCACGAUGUGGACUUCACCCUGAGGCUGCACAGCGCCGGGCUCCUUGUCUGCAGGUUCAACAACUUCAGCGUGAUGAAGAAGCAGAUUGCCAUUGGAGGUUACCGGGCAUUCAUUAUCAAGACCAAGAUGACGGACGUUUCCACCUCAGUGGGGCCCUCGCAGUACAUCUGUGCCCCAGACAGCAAGCAUCUCUUCCUGGCCUCACCAGCUCAGCUUCUCCUGGAAAAAUACCUCCAACACACCAGCCAGAAACUGUUUCCUCUCAGCACCAAGAACUACACUCACCCUGUUCUGUCUGUGGAUUGUUACCUCAACCUGGGACCUGAGGUGACGGUGUGUUUUGUCAGUUCCAGACCUCACUGUAUCAACAUCAGCACCGCUGGUCUGCUGUUCAGUGGGCUUCUUCUCUGUUUCCCUGACACAUUUGUGACCUCUGGGUUCCUCAAGAAGUUCACCUUUCUCAAAGGUGCAACCCUGUGUGUAAUCAGUGCAGAUCGCAGCUCACUGAGGCAGACUGUGGGCAGGCUGGAGCUGGAGGAGCAGUGGAGGUUCAGGCUCAGCGACGAGUUCCAGACUGCCAACGCCAAAGAGGACCGGCCGCUAUUCUUCCUGACUGGAAAACAUAUCUGACUGAAACAAAUGGUCAAAAGGAGCUGCAAAGAGUCAGUCACAAGAAAUUCAGUGGGGUGUUUUUUUUAUGUCUUUUACCAGCUCACAGCAGGACAUUGAUUAUUUACUUGCUAUCUGGGAAGCUGUUUGAUCACUUGAUGAUAGGAAACGGAAGGUUUUAUAUUUUGUUCUCGGUUAAGCUUGGAUCUAUCACUUGAUGCUUUGGUGAAGAAAUUCCAGUUUUCUACAUUUACAGACCUGUGUCGAGCACAUAUUUUAGUAAAAAGAUAAUGAAGCUUUUAAAACGCAGACAUUUCAGACACUUUUUGCUGUGUGUUAUCAGGGUGAACAAACUUCCUGUGUAGAUGAAUGGAAAACAAAAAGGUGGAAACAGGGAAGACACAAUCAUUUGUGUGCAAUGUAAGCCCAUGUUUGGCAAACUUAUUAGAUUUUUUAGAUGCAUGUUUUUAAGACUUUUUUUAUUUUUUGAAACGAACAUUAGAAAUUAUAUUUGUAGAUGUAGAACAUGUCAUUUUUUUUGUGUGUGUGUACAAAAAGUAAGACUGUCGCUCUGUAUCUGUGCUGGUACAAUUUUUUUUAAUAUAAGUUUUAUACCUGAAAGGAACACAAAUGUGCCAUUUCUCUGCAGCUUUUUAUCUGUGUACAGUUUUAUACACCAUUUGUUUAAAUUCACAUAUAUUUUAAA